UUGAGUGAUAGCACGGACUGCCCGUUGCCAAAACAUAGAGCGAAAUAAACCAAUGGAUAGAGUUUGUUGGUAUCAAGCUGAGCUUCGAGUGAACGGACCAGAUGCACCCUAUUCAGUAACAUGCCAUACUGUUUUYCCUAAUCGUAGUGAGCGGGCUGGCUUGUGAAUACCCAAACGCUAGCCUUAAAAGUGUCCACGACGUAGAACGUAAUCAUUCGUAGCUUGCGGAACAGAGAGAUACAACAACGAGGCUUCCUUAGUCCAGCAUGGACAAUAUGCCCAUGUAUGCUCAAAGCAGUGCGUUGUCUCACCAAGGYAUUGAGAGACCGCUCGAUCCAACCAAGGAAUCGCCGUUUGGACUAAGUCCAUAUAUCGAUACAAACCAGGGUWUAAUACCACGCGCUGGUUUCCACAUCCCGCACAGAAUUCCUGACUCUCUUCAUUAUAACUCACCGAAGUCGGUGCUAUCAACAGAUGGCUCACCGUAUUCCUUCCAAUCACAUGUUAACCGAACGCCAUGUCCUUCGUCCAGCCACGGAGAUUAUAUUGGUCCUCCAACGGCCCUCUCUCAUGGGCACUCAAUGUUUGAUUCGCUGGCGAAUGGAGGCCCAAGGUUCCCUCCAUGCCCGUCAGGCCUCAACCCUUUGGCGCUACAUCAACCUAAACCGGCCGACAUGAAGUCACACGCUCGAGCAUUUUACCCUCAGGUUUCUGUGCCUCCAGAGAUUGAAUCACCGCAAAGAGCAGGGUAUCCGUCGUACCAGAGAAUAGAUUUUUACUCUCAACCGACGAUUGGAUUUGAACAUCAUCACCCUAUGCAACAUCACCAGAAUGUUUACUAUCCAUACCUUGGGCCGACAAACAAGAUCAUGAGCUGUGAGUGGGUCGAUCCGCAAAAUUACGGUAAAGGCAAGAUUUGUGGCAAGCAGUUCAGUGUAAUGCAUGAUAUUGUAAGACAYAUCAACGACGAACACAUCAGCCAGAACGAUUCCCCUUUGCACGUGUGUCAUUGGAGAAAUUGUACACGAAAUGGUCUUCCUUUUAAGGCAAAAUACAAACUAGUGAACCACGUACGAGUGCACACAGGAGAGAAGCCUUUCCCAUGUCCAUUYCCAGGCUGUGGGAAAUUAUUCGCUCGCUCUGAGAACUUGAAAAUUCACAAAAGAACUCACACUGGAGAAAAACCGUUUAUAUGCGAGUAUCACGGCUGUGAUAGACGUUUUGCAAACUCUAGCGAUCGUAAAAAGCAUUCCCAUGUCCACACGUCGGAUAAACCUUACUACUGCAAGUAUCAGGGCUGCAAUAAGAGCUAUACUCAUCCUUCAUCACUUAGAAAACACAUGAAAUUACAUGGGCUGUCCCCUUCACCGCCUCCGUUACUUGAAACCGGGAGUAGUUCUACUCAAGAUGUUGAAAGUCCAUCGGAAUCACCGUCUUUACAGCUGGGAAACAACGCGGGGACAAGUAAUAACAACAAUAGUUCGAAUAGUGAAAACAGAGAAGAAAAUCCCAAUUGGUACGGUUGUUAACGAUUUAUUGUUGAAUAUGAACAGUGUUUCGAGAUUUCGCCGUACUCUAAAAUGGUGCAGGCCACAGACGGGCGCUCUCUUCCGUAAGUAGACUCUCUACGGCGCGAACGUUAUUGCGUUUUUGUUAUGGGACUCUUACGUAAAAAAUGUAUAGACAAGUUUAUCUCUGAAUCUAUCGACUAAAACGCUCUCAUGCAAAGAAGUCACAGCUAGUAGUAAUACCAGCUAGAUACUACGAACUCKCKGACCAACUUAGAAUAACAUAGACUCUCACGGAGCCACGAAUGGAAACUAAUAAUUCUUAUCACUGAAAUUACAAUCUAGGAUUUGUUAAUCUCUCUGUAAAUAAUUUCCUUGAAAGUGGUUCGUUUUUUUUACAUCAAUUCGCGCUUUAUGAAACAAAAAUGGUAGUCAGCAGUGAAGUACUGUGUAUAGGAGAAACUAUGCCAUUCGUUUUCGUUGUCACUUGCGCGUUUUCAAACAAGAGUCGCUUUGUAAAUAUUUAUCCAGUUUAUCUUCGUUUGUUCACAUAUCAAGAUAUAAAUCCAAUCUUUUUGUUUCCUAUGUAUAUAUUUAUAGUGUAGAUAGUAGUUAGGAUUUUAACACAACUAAGUAUUUUGGGCUCUGCUAAGUGAAUAGCUAAGCAACCUUCGUAGGAAUUCAAUAAUACGAUAAAGAGCGCCUUAUUGUGAAUUUGGUAGCUCUCUGUUGUCUAAUUUGACGUGCUUUAUCCCAUUGAAGUGAAAAAAAGUUACGGUAUCGGUAUUUAAGAAUAAGGGCAGAAAAGAAUCGAUUUAUGAGAUCUUAAAGAUAGCCAGCCCUUUCGUAAUUCUGUAACAUCUAAUGCAAAAUAUAAAUUAAUUCAAUUUAUGAUUGAGUGUCGGCUGGCGUUGCAUAGAACCACGUUUACUUCCUUUGGAAUUCCAUCAAUAAAAGAUUGUUUAAACCUA